GGAAGGAACGCAGAAUUUGAUAUAGUCAUAGCACACUGCUACUUCAACAUGAAGGGUUUAUUCUGUCACAUGAAUGAAGAUGUGAAGUUUGUCCUUCAGGAUGCAGAACUUCCUUUGGCCUUAAAUGAAUACUAUGUGAAAAUGCAAGUUAAAGCUUGUGCCUUAAGCCCACUGGAUCUGGAGUUGCUGGCAGACCUAAAUACUCUAAAAGAUUCAGUUCCAGUUGGAAGAGAAAUAGCAGGAGUUGUACUUGAAGUUGGAUCGAAAGUAACAUUUUUUCAACCUGAUGAUGACGUAGUUGGAAUUUUACCUUUGGAUGCCAAAUUUUCUGGGCUUUCCGAUGUUAUUGUGGUCCACGAGCAUCAUUUAGUACUGAAACCAGAGAAAGUGAACUGGGUGGAAGCUGCCGGUACAAUUCGCGAUGGACUGUGUGCAUACACUGCUUUACAUACACUUUCCCAUGUGUCAUCUGGAAAAACCGUUCUAGUCCUGGAUGGUGCAAGUCCGCUUGGCAUAGUUACCAUUCAGUUAGCUCAUCACAGAGGGGCCAAAGUGCUUACCACAGCCUUGAAUAUUGAAGAUAAGCAGUACUUGGAGCAGCUACGACCUACCAUAGGCAUUCGAGAGUCUGUAGCUGCAAGGGUAAUUAACAUGUCUGAUGGAAAAGUUGACCUUGUGGAAAGCUGCUUGGAGGAAACUGGAGGUUUAGGAGUAGAUAUCAUUCUUGACAUUGGAGUGAAACUUCAUCAUACAAAAGAUGGCUCUACCUCACAGAAGUGUUUUCCACACAAACAUGAUAUCAUCACGCUCCUAGCUGUUGGUGGUCAGUGGGUCACUUCAGAGAAGAAUCUCCAGCUGGAUCCUCCAGAUAGCCGUACUCUGUUCCACAAGGGAGCCACAGUGUCAUUCCUUAAUGAUGAGGUGUGGAAUCUGUCAAGUGCACAACAAGGAAAGUAUCUUCAUAUCAUGAAGGAUAUAAUGCAGAAGUUAUCCAUUGGGGUUUUCAGGCCUCAACUGGAUGACCCCAUUCCUUUAUAUGAAGCCACAGUUUCUAUGGAAAUGGUGCAGAAGAAGAACAUCAGGAAAAGGCUUGUCAUUCAGCUCUGAGAUUACAGUCGUCUGCCAAGACGUGGAGUCAUAAAUAAGAGGUUAAUAUGGGCAUUGUUCAACAGAAAAAACACGUGAAAACAUCAUGACUUCUUAACAAAACGUUUACAGCCCUUUGUGCUGCCGUCAUGAUCAUACGGUGUACAUGAGUUAUUCAUAUAGAAGGUUUAAUUGUAAUUAUGUACAGCAUUCUGAUUUUAGUUCCCAAUAUUGUAUACACAUUUUAUCUCUGCAGGUUUUCACUCUGUUAGAGGUACAUGAUAUACAAAAGGUAUAAUCAAUAGAAUUGUAAUUCUAUUAGACAUGGCUGACUGCCUUUGUGGUACGUUAAACCAGUUAAGUGUGUUGAUUUAUUUUUCUGGUAUCUCAACACACUGAGCAGUUCUCAUGAAGCCAGUUGAUAAUUAAACAAUUGCAUUUUUUUCAUAAAUAUCACUGGGCUCCUGAACACUUUUAGGUAUAUCUUAAGGCUUCUGGCCCAUAUUUAAAAGAACUCACCACUCCGUCAGCACGUAGAUUCAGGGCAGUAAAGUGUGACAUAUAAACCACUUGUCAACCCAAUAAAGACACGUUUGCCUCCUCUUCAUUAAAAAAAAAAAGUAAUAAAACUUGGGACACGGAAGGUGAAGAACCUCAACAUUUGAGCAAGGUGUUUCUAUGAAUAACUAACUGAUGCCAAAAUUAAGAAAGGCAUUUUUGUUGUUCCACAAAUCAGACGUGCCAUCGCUGACCAGCGGUUUGAGGAUCUGCUGGUGGAACAGGAGGAAGUGGCACUGGAGUUCAGUCAACUACACAUCCAGCUUGCUGGCACCAUACAAAUUAUGAAGCACAACAUGUCGCUGAAGAUUCACAUUUGGACUUUGUUGCAGUCAGUGAUGCACAUGGUGAAAGGUAACAAUGGAAAAGCGAUAUCGGGGCAAGUGGAAUCCAUCAGUGCUGGCUGACAUCAGCAGUGGAGUACAAAUGAGAAUGUGCCGCUUCAGCUCCAUUGAACUGAUGCAAUGUGCCAGCAUCACGAAGCAAUUAAACACACUGAAUUCAAUACAAGUCAAUUUCAUGUUUCUCCAAAUUCCUACAUGACAAUCUGAAAUAAUAUUUGUGUUCCACUUGAAGCUCUCUGUCAUAAUCACAUUUUUUUCGAGAACCAAAACUACUUCUUCAAAAAAAAAAAAAAAAACGUCCAGUGUGUUAAAAUGUUAAAUAUUUAUGCUAGAAGAGAUCCAUGAACAAUUCAAGAUGGCUUGCUUGGAGUUUAUUGCUAUUUUCUUCACUUAACCAGCAGUUUGGACAAAAGUGAAAAAUAAGGCAUUUAAGGUUGAGCUAAGCAGACCACAGGAGCAUUCCUAAUGCUGGAGUUGGGAUAGAAGAGGAAGGAGGGGGCACAAAAUAUUGAAUUCCUCUUUUUCAGGACAGACGCCUAUUCAUUUUCCAGAAGUUACAUCUUGCCGGUUUGUUGCCUCAGACGGUUUUAAUGGGCUUAAUUGCUCCUUUAUUAAGUAACAGACUGCCAAAAACAAACUGCUGCUGUGACAUUCAGUAGUCCUGUCAAAGAAUCGACUUACGUAGGGAGAGAGCUAAUAAAAACUCAGCAGUGUCCUGAACUCUUUGGCUUCACACGCACUCAUUCACUCUCUUUAUGUUCAGUCAGAUGUUUCUAUUGUUGGGUGGCCUGGACCCCUUUAAAUGUGCCUGCGGUGGCUGCUUUCAGGUGCGCCUCUAGUCGCUCAUCAAAUGAGACUGGUUUUGUAAAAUGUGCAAAGCGCGCCCUGGAUGAGCAUUUCUCUCUGUUCGCCUGUAGGUUGCCUGCACAUAAUACAUGGCAAAAAUUCUUUGAGAUGUUGCCUUUCAUGUGAGGUUCAACUGUAUUGUAGUUGCUGUGCUUAAUGAAUUAAUUUCAUCAAUCUAAAGUGGUCUCUUGAUGACCUGCUCUAAGUAGCACAGAUUGAAAACGCCAUGACAUGUGCAGCUAACAGAGGCACUCAAAGAGAGGUGUUUUUAAAUUCAAACUGGGGGUCUCGUCUUCCAGAUUCUGAAAUCCACCAUCGCUUCGUUCAUCUUUUUCCAAUUACUCCAGUCCAGUCUGGACACUUGGAUGCACUUUUUGCAUAAUGCAUUUGAAAUGAGCUCUUCUGAUCUCUGAUAUAAGAACAUAAAUUUGACAAACGAGUGAAGACAAUUCAGUCUACCAAGCUAGUUUGUUUAGUAAAUAGCUAAGUUGUCCUAAUGUCUCGUUCACAUAAUUUUUAUUAUAACCCAAAACCGUCACUGUCCUGGCAUUUCUACUGUUAUGUUGCCCAUAUCUACCCAUUGUGACACAUUUUGUUUUCAUUUUUGAUUUCCUUUAACCUGAAAAAUGUAACUGUUUUAUAAACGACAUUUAGGCCGUAAUCACUGUGUCAAGCCCACGUUCUUCCUUUUUUGAAUCAUUGCAUCCAUUCUUAACAUCCUUCAUACAUUCUCAGACCUGCUUAAUCUAAUUCAGGGGUGUGAGAAGCCACAGACCAUCCUAGUAGCACUAAUGGGAAGUCAAAAAGCAAUGCUGGACAGAGUGCCAGUCCCUCGCAGGGUUGACACACAUGCUGCGGCCAACCUGCCCACCACAUGAAGAAAUCCUGCAUAGAUUCAGAAGGAACAUGCCAGCUCCACACAGUUGCCAGCCAGGCACCGGACAUCGUUAGGUGGCAGCACUAGAGACUGAAGUGUGGUGCUGUGCUUCUUGUCCGUUUAUGGGACUCUCUCAGUUUUCAUUACAAUGUCCAACAUUCCUUUGUGAUCAGUCAGUCAGAACCAGAAAGUGGGGCAGUGGUGAGUUUAUGAUGACUGCGAUGGGUGAGGAAUUUUAUUUGAAAUAGUAGAUCAAAAUAAAUGGUUAUCUAUUGAAUAUUUGCAAUGUGUGUACAUUUUACAAUGAAUGCUUGCUCUUAAUA